CUUAUGUUUUAGGCCUGAAACCCCGGGCAAAACUGGGCCCAAUCCUAAGAUAUAGCUUUUAUCAUAAGUGCAAACCCCGGCCCGACGGCCCAUGAUCACCCUUAGUCGUGUACCAGGAAGAACCGGCCGUCCGAUGAGCAUUUCGUAGUGGAGGCAGUGUUGGCGCCGGUGUUGGUUCACUCUGCUCUGCAAGUCAUGGAGGAUUGAGAAAGAAGAUGUAGAGAGUGAUUACUUCAAGAAGAAGGUGGUCUUCUGAUGAUCUCUGUAUCAUCCAAGGUACUCCAAAAGCCCACUUCCUUUCGCUUAUUGAUUUCUUAUCUGCUCAACUGCACGAGCAGCUUCACCACUAACUGCACUUCUUCUUCAAAAACCCUGGAGAAGAUCUACAACGCAUUUCACCAACAAAACCCCAACCUUCUCCAUCAAAUUUCUGUCUCCGAGUUACAACCCCACCAAGUCGAAUACAUUCUCCGUCGCCUCCGCUCGGAACCCAGUUCAGCGUUUCGGUUCUUCGAAUGGUCCGAGAGAUUUUUGGGGUCUCGCCACUCCCUUGGCUGUUUCUGCAGUCUCGCUCAUGUAUUACUUCGAUGGCGGAUGUUCGAUGCCGCUCGACCGCUUGUCGGUCGAAUUGUUACACUGUUUGCGGAUUCCGACGUGUUUGUUGCUCUUUCAGUGGGAUUUUCUACUUAUAAUUCGAGCCCUAGCACAGUUUAUGGAUUCUUAGUUGAAUGCUACUGUCGGGCGGGAAUGGUCGAUCGGUCGGCCGAGAUUUUAUUUCGAAUGUGCAAAUCGGGGAUUCUGGUGCCGCAUUAUGUGCGCUUGUCGCUGUUUAGGUCCUUGAUUGAUUCAGGUAGGUUCGAAUUGAUUCUGGAAAUUCAUAGAGAGUUGUUCAAUGGCUCAGGAAAACAACCAAGUUGUUGUUUUCCGAUGUAUAAUUUUGUCAUGGAUCAGUUUCUGGAAAAGGGCGAUGCAAGAAAGGGCUUAGAUUUCCAUCAGUUGAUGAUUGAGAGAGGAUUUAUGCCUGAUAUUGUCUCUUGUAAUAAGUUUUUAGACUCCCUCUGCAAGGGGAAUCUGGUAAGAGAUGCUUCGAAUUUCCUUUCCAUGAUUCUAUUCAAGGGUCCAAAGCCAAAUUUGGUAACAUUCAGCACUUUGAUUAAUGCAUACUGUAAGGAGGGUAGACUGGACGAAGCACUUGAACUUUAUAAUCUAAUAAUCGAGAAGGAUAUGUCUCCUGAUCUAAUUGUCUACAGUAUUCUUAUUGAUGGUUUCAGUAAGAUAGGGAGGAUAGAGGAGGGGCAUGAUCUUCUUUCAGUGGCUUUAGGUGCAGGGGUUAAGCCAGAUGUGGUAGUUUUCAGUUCAAUUAUGGAUGGGUACAUCAGAAUUGGAAAUUUAGAGAGAGCAACUGAGGUAUACAUAAGAAUGUUGAAGGAAAGUAUCACACCUAAUUUGGUUACUUACAGCAUUCUUAUUAAUGGGUUGUGUCAGAAGGGUCACAUCCUUGCGGCUUCUGGGAUAUUUUGUCAGAUUGUGAAGCAUGGUUUUGAACCAUCUAUUUUAACCUAUAGUAGUCUUAUAGAUGGCUUCUGCAAUUAUGGGAAUUUGAGAGAUGGGUUUCAUGUGUUUGAAUCUAUGGUAGAGGAAGGUUGUGUCCCUGAUGUUGUUGUUUACAGCAUACUUAUAAAGGGUCUCAUCAAAAAAGGGAGAAUGGUUGAUGCUCUUAGGUUCUUUUUCAGGGCAGUGGAGAGGGGUUUAGAGCCCAGCCUUGUUACUUUUAACAUAUUAAUGGAUGGUUGUUGUAGAACAAAACGGUUAGCAGAUGCACUAAAGAUAUAUACACAGAUGGGAAGGGAUAAAGUUGCCCCUGAUUUAGUUACAUACACUAUGCUCAUCAAGGAUUUUACUGAUCAAGGUAGAUUAAAUGAGGCAUUGAUCUUGUUCUUUCAAAUUGUAAAGAAAGGCUUCUCACCGGAUGUUAUAAUGUACUGUACUCUCAUUGAUGCACUUUGCAAGCAAAAGAAUCUAAAAGCUGGAUUAGAGAUUUUCAAUCUGAUGCUCAAAAAUGGAGUCAUUCCUGAUAUAAACAUCUACAAUAUUAUCAUUAGUUGUCUUUUUGAAACUGGCCAUGUGGAAGAGGCAUCAGAGCUUUUCCAUUGGGUUCUAAACUGUGGGACAGAACCAGAUAUAGUAACAUUCAACACAAUGAUAUGUGGCUACUGCCAUGUGAAAAGGUUGACUGAGGCAAUUUGUCUUUUCGACAAAUUGACACAUAAAGGGAUCCAUCCCAACACAGUUACAUUUACUAUUCUAAUUGAUGCUUUUUGUAAAGAAGGUCGAAUGGAUGAAGCAAUGUUGGUCUUCUCUGCCAUGCUGGAAAAGGGUCUCACACCUAAUGUAGUCACAUACAGUUGUUUAAUGGAUGGUUAUUUUAAAUUUCAAAAUGUGCAGACUGCAUUGGAACUUCAUGAAGAGAUGCUUGAGAACAAAAUCUCUCCAAAUAUUGUCAGUUAUAGUGUCCUCAUUGAUGGCUUUUGCAAGAGGGGCCAAUUGGAUGAAGCAUCAUUGACUUUCCAUUGUGCUCUAGACAGGGGUUUGCUUCCUGAUGUUGUGGCAUAUGGAAUUAUGAUCAGUGGCUACUGCAAAGUUGGACGAUUAGUCGAAGCCAUGAUGCUCUAUGACCAGAUGGUGGCUAAUGGUGUCAUGCCUGAUGGUUUUAUCUUGAGUAUCCUUGCAGAUUGUCUUCUUAGAGUUGGAGAGAAGAAUCUUAACAAACUCAACUAAUGCAUUUGUAAAUGGAAUCUCUCAGAUAGUUCAGCUGGAGCAUUCUUUAUACCAUAGUGAAUUUAUUCAAGAUACCAUUUGUAUAUGUAAUUAAAAGCAGGAAAAAGUAAGAUCAGAUUUGGACUUUCUUUCGAUUCUCUCACACUUGGUGGAAUAUAGACUUGAAAUUUAUAGUUCAAGUCGGUUUUAUAUGAGAAAGAAGAUCAAAGAGUCAUUUGAGCAAGGAAAUCUAAUCUAAUUGGGGCAAAAUUGGAAAGCAUGGCUGAUUCCGAUUCCAGCCUCUUGAUGAACCAAACAGCAUCAAUCGGAAUCCGAUUCCAUUCCUGUUUGAACCAAACAGGUAGGGGGAAUAGACCAUUCUGAUUCCGAUUCCAAGGGAUUCCCAUUCUGAUUCCGAUUACGAACCAAAGGCACCCUAAAUCUUUAACUGCUAAUUUUGUAAAUGUUUAGUUUUUUUUGCCUAGGUCUUCUAAUGGGGCUGCCGAUUCUAUUGCUUCUCUAAUGAAGAACUCAGGUAUAUGUAGUUAUUUGGGACAGCCCGCCUUGUACAAUUCUCUUUGUCUCUGUUAAUAUAGUUUUUUUACCUAUAAAAAACAAAAACAUAGAUAAAAAAGAUUAACGGUUCAUUUGGUUUGUGGGAAUAUAUAGGGUCUAUUGUUUGGUUGGACGGAAUUGGAAUCCCACUCCCAUUCUGAAUGGCCAUACCCUUUCCCUCCCUUAAGGAAUGAGAAUCCAUUUCAGCCAAUUUUGAAUCCAAUUCUGAUUCCGAUUCUAACAUGAAACAAAUAGUAUAGUAGACCAUUCUGACUCUUAUUCCUGUGCCAAACAGACCCUAAUAUGCAUAUGGGCAAGGUUCAAAAUACCGGUAGGAGCACAACAGGCGAUAUCGGUAGUGUUUUUUAUAUUUUUUUCAAAAGCUGUUCAGGGGUUUUAUUAAGGCUCCACCACCUGAACCGGUCAAAACCC